AGUUUUUAUUUAUUUAUUUAUGUUUUAUCAGCCUGUUACGGUACUGUUCCGCCUGUAAAAGCUUCCGGCUGACUUAUUUUUGAAGGCUAAUUAAUUCAGUUUUAACCUGUCGGGUGUCAACAACAUGCCAGAAAUCAAAGUGAAGCAUGUCGUGUCCUGCAGCUCCGAGGACAGUACUCACAAAGCAGACAACCUGCUGAGCUCAGACACGUACAGGAAGUGGAAAGCAGCGAGAGCCGGUGAGAAGCAGACAUGUGUCAUCCUGCAGUUUGAGAAGGAGGAGCAGGUGCACAGUAUUGAUAUUGGAAACGAAGGAUCAGCUUUCAUUGAGGUGUUGGUGGGGAACUCUUCAGCUGCUAAAGACCAGAACUUUGAGGUUCUUCUCGUCACCUCUUCCUUCAUGUCACCCACUGAGAGCCGUAACGGCACCAACAUGAACCGAGUACGUUUCUUUGGGCUCAACCAGCUGCAGAAAAGCACAGCCCAGGAGAAGUGGGACAGGGUCAAAAUUGUGUGCACCCAACCUUACAGCAAGAACAUUGCAUAUGGGCUUGCCUUUGUCAAGUUCCAUUCACCACCUGACAAAAACGAGCCUCCAACUUCCUCCCCUAAACUAACAAAGCUGGGACAGUUCAAGGUGAAAGAUGACUCUCCUUCAUCUGGAAACCUUCAGCCUGGCAGUCUGUUCUUCAGUCGAGACAACACAACCAAGUCCAGCACUUCACCCAAAGUGUCUCCUCAGGGUGACAAGUUGAGUUACGCUGCUGCUGCACUGCAGACAGGAGGCAGCUCCCACUCAUCAGGUCAAGCUUCCACCUCCAGCUCUGCCUCACCACAGCCACCAGCCAAAAGAAAGUUUGAGUUCAGCAAAGAGCGACAGUCUGCCCCUGGUCCUCCUCCGUCAAAGAAAACGAGUCCUGCUGGAUCACCCGAGACCAAAGCCACAACCCCCAAACACAAGCCGAGCCCGGUCAGCACACCCAGCCCAAGCACCUCUAAAGUUUCAUCAGCCCCAAAGUCUUCUGAGAAGAAGAAGGAGAGCCGGGCCAAACCAGAACAUAAACCUAAACCGAAAACAAACCCCAAAAGUGAACAAGAGGUGCCGUUUAACCGGAUCAUGGAGGGGGUGGUGUUUGUCCUCAGCGGCUUCCAGAACCCCUUCAGAGGGGACUUGAGGGACAAGGCACUGGAGAUGGGAGCAAAGUAUCGAACUGACUGGACGCCUGACUCCACACACCUUAUCUGUGCCUUUGCCAACACUCCCAAGUACAGCCAGGUGAAAUCAGUAGGUGGCAUCAUUGUGCGGAAGGAAUGGGUGAUGGACUGCCAUAAGAGGAAACAGAAGAUUUCAUAUAAACGAUAUUUGAUGGAUGGAGCCGAGUCUAGCUCGGAGAGUGAAAUGGAGGUGGACGAUCAGAGCGAAGAGGAAAUAAAAACAAAGACGCCACAGAAGCAGGAGAGACACGCAACCCCGAAGAAGACACCAGAAAAGAAGGAUGAGGUGGAUGAAUAUGGUGGCUCUACUGAUGUGGACGAACCAGGUGGUGACGAUGAUGAUAAGGAUGAGUCUGGAUUAGACACGGAAGAUGAGCUGCAGAGGAUGGAGCACACCAGGCAGAGGAAAUCAGCAGAAGAAGACACGUCGAUGAAAGAUGAGGAUCCAUACGGAGGGUCGACGGAUGAAAACACAGACGCUGAAGCUGAAGAGGAUCAUCCCGUCCCUGAGCUUCCAGAUUUCCUCAGUGGAAAGCACUUUUUCCUCUACGGUACAUUUCCCAACAAUGAGAGGCGGCUGGUGCUGCGGUACAUCGUCGCCUUUAAUGGAGUGAUCGAGGACUACAUGUCAGAUAAAGUGCAGUUUGUUGUGACCAGUGAAGGGUGGCACGAGUCCUUUGAAGAUGCGCUGAUGGAGAACGGCAAUCUGAACUUUGUGAAACCAGCCUGGAUUUAUGCGAUCAAUGAACGACAGAAACUGCUGCCCUACCAGCCUUACACUGUCGUGCCCUGAAAAACACACGGUGUGGAAACACGACGAGUGAGCGCCAUCACUUCAGGUCCUCGUGAAGGAGAAGCCAUAGGUGUUUUUAAGAUUAGCCACUUCACUUCAAAUAAGCAAUAAACCAUUUAUUGUUGAUUUAUGUCUUUGCUUUUUUACAUUUUGGAAAUUAAAUGACUUCAGGUAUUUAAAUGUUUUGCCACAGA